UUCGCAAAUCAAAUUUCCGGAUCAAUACCUCCUGAAAUAGGGCAUCUCAUAAAUCUGGGGGAAUUGGAUCUUUCAGAUAACCUGCUUGAUGGUUCUCUUCCUUCCUCAAUUGGAAACCUGACAAAACUUACUGCAUUGAACCUAUUCGGGAACCAGCUAACCGGAACUCUACCUGUUGAGAUAGGGAAUCUCGGGUCCAUAGUAGCCAUCAACCUGAGUGAAAAUAGAUUUCGGGGGCCCAUUGCCGAGCAGCAUAUCUCACCUAAUAAGUCUAGAGAUUUUCUACAUCUACGGCAACAACUUCUCCGAAAAUUCCACUGGAUUUUGGCCCAAAAAGUUUUCUUUCAAAUGACACCCUCCAGUGGCCAAAUAAGCGCAUUCGAUGCAACUGCAAACUACGGGAACAAAUAUCUAUACGGUUCUCCACUCCCCAAAAAGUGUUAUGGUGAUGAAUCUGUUCGAAAUUCGAGCAAAUAUGAGGAUCUUGGAAGUGGGUCAAUGAAGGUUCCAUGGUUUUGGAUAAGUGUGGCUUUGGGAUUUGGAUUUGGACUUGGAUUUGGAUUUGAAUUUAGUGGGUUUUUCUCAGUUCUACUUGCUAAAGGGCAAUGGACUGCCAUGGUCCUCAACUUCAUGGAUGGCAUUGUGGAAUCUUUUGUUUCAAGGCUGCAAAUUUUGAUUGCAAUCAUCAUGUCCAAUAAAUCAAAGAAUUACAUAAUAAAUGUGGAAUUUUAUGGAGAAUUCAUGGAUUAUAUUCAUGGAAAGGUUAAGAUAUGUGCAAAUGGGAAGAUGCGGCAAUAUAAGGAGUUCUCUUAUGCUCCGAAAGUUAUCAACUUUUUGAGUAAUAAUUUAUCAAGAUGGAUUCUAGAAGAACCGACAAGAUUGAGUAGUUUGCUUAUGCUGAACUUGUCCCAUAACCAUCUCAGUGGAAAGAUUGUAGACAACAUUCAUAAGAUGUCACGUUUGCAGCCCCUUGAUUUCUCAAACAAUAUGUUUUCUGAGAAAAUUCCUCCGAACAUGCCAUCUAUUACAUUUUUGGGGACUUUGAACUUGUCUUUCAAUAAGUUAUCAGGACCCAUUCCCUACAGUGGCCAGAUGUCUAUAUUCGAUGCUUCAUUGUACUACAAGAACCUACAUCUUUGUGGUCCUCCUCUUCCGGAGAAAUGCACUUGCAGCAAAAAUUUUGAUUACGAGAUUGCAAACUUUGAUCUGCAAUUUGUAUGGUUUGAAAUAUUUGAGAAGAGGGGUUUAAAAAGAUUUGUUCAGUUCAAUGUCAACAAAGAGAGAUGUAGAAAUGGGUUGUACCCCAUAAUGUUAUCAACUGGUGUACAAAGAUGUUCUCUUCAAGACACAUUGGCCAUGAGUGCUGGGAUUAAUGAGAGUUGUAUGAUUAGUGAGCCUAUUGUGAGAAGGGUGUGGUUUCAAUAA